GCUUUUCAAGUGCAAUGUUGGUGCUGCUGGAAUUGAGUUACUUGUAUGUUUCUACGAUACUUGAACAGUUGAUUUAGGAACCAGUGAAUCUGAUAUAUGUGCUAUUCAUAAACCGGUUACCCUCGAAAAUCGAUUUAAGCAAAAACCAAGGGAAACGUCCGAGCCACGGAUCUCACCAUACCAGCUUACAGGUUGACUAAAAUAUAAGAAACUUCACUAAUUCAUGCUGUUGUUACAAUUGUCUUGUUUUGUCAAGUUGGAUAAAACUGGAUUUCUCCUCUGCAAACCAGCCUGUACCCUGUCCGGGGUAACAUGUUGCAUCUGGGAAGGUGGUAAGUUUGAUAUUUCUGGUAACAUACUGCAUACAGGAUGGUGGCAGAACCAUGAUGAACCCUGGUGGAGUUGACAGCUGAUCUAUAGACAACUGCUGAACAUGUAUUUUUCUUUUUGUUGACUGCGAACCGCAUAUCAUAUUUUAUUGGUUCCAGAAGUAAACGUAAGUCAUACAAAUUUUCGCAGAGAUCUGUAUUGUUUCUCAUGGAAUUAACUAGUUUAACCAACACGAGAUCAAUGCAAGUUUAUGUAAAUCCUAUCUGAACAAUUAUAGUGUAAUUCUAUAUGUUAACUUGACCCAAAAAAAGAAAAAAAGAAAUCCUAGGUUAGAUAUUGUAAUGUAUCUUAAGUAAUUUUAUAAAGGGUCUUUUCAGUAACUUUCACCUGUAUCCAAGUGUUUUUCUGAUUUAAUUGCUUGCAGCCCACAUCCCCAUGUCAUAUGCGAGUGAUUUGAAUGUAGUCCAUUUCAAGCCCUGCUUGGAUUAUUACAUGUAUCAGUAUCAAUGUGGAGAGUGGAUUUCAAGAAUUAAAUCAAAAAAAGUGAUUUGGCAAAUCAAGGGUUGAAAUUUCAUAGGAAAAAUGGCAAACCAAACAAGUAACACCAGUUGUCAUAUGGUCCAGCCAUGAAGGUUGGUCCCCACAUGCACUCUUUCAAAAACAAUAAUAUAAGCACAUCUACACCAACUACCAAGCUGCUUGAAGAUAAAUCCAGACUUCACCUUUAAUGAAUUCAGUCUAAAAAUCUAGAUAUACAUGGUUGUAACAUAUAAUUAUGAUACUAUUUCAAUUUUUCGUACCAUUGACACUAUAGCAAAUGAUUUUGGGUUGAAUAGUUACUCUUUUGUAAAUUGCCUCAUGUUGCACUUAAAAGUGAAGGAUAUUACAUAUGUAUGAUUGAGAUUGACUAUUGGCUAUGUGUUUCUUAGAAUUUUUCCGUUUGGAAUAACCAGUUGCGUCAAAGAAAUUAAUAAAUAUUUUUGUAUGGGAAGUUUCAAUUUGCUCCUUUAACAAUGCAAUGAAGACUUAUACGUCUCAGCCUCGACCAUGUGAGAUAUGCCUCGGUCCCUGAGCUUCCUAUUCCCAGAUUCUUUUAUUUCCUUCUCUCUCUUGAUAUGGAGAUAUCAGCAUUCCAUUGCAUCCUCGAAGCUUCAUUUCUCUCUCACUCCCUCUCUGUAUACAGUCCUUAUGUUAAUGAAUUAACAGAACACUUAUGGAGCUGAAGUAUAGAUAGUUUGAAUGAUUUUGUAGGAUGUUAUUUUUGAAAAGAAUCCCCAGGGAAAAAGAUGGGGUGCACUUAUUCUGUGUACGGAGUUGGGAGGAAAAAGAAGCUGAGUAUCCCAGAAGUGGUGGUAUUUGUUCCCUGUAUUAGAAUUCCAGCACAAUCUGAUCUUCAAAGAGCGUUCAAGGGUCUAAUUCCUCCUAAUUUUAUCGACAAAUUAUCAUGUCUAAGGAAUCGGAUUGCAUUGGUUGCAGAGGAAACUGGUGUAUCUGCGAUUACUGAACUGCGGCAGGCACUGGAGGAGUACUUGUCAAUUCUAACUGUACUUACCAAGAAAGAACAUGGUCUUGACGACUUGGUUGAAUUCAAGUGGAAGAAUUUAGAGGAUGGACAAGAGACUUGUGUAGCAAAUGCCUGGUUUGAAUUGUUAUCUGUUGUUCACAUGAUGGCUAUGCUCACACUAUCUGAGGCUGACACACUUAUGAUCCCCAAGGAUUAUUCUGGUUCUGGCUUUAGGGUCGUAUCUACAGAUUGUAAGAGAGAUGCUGUUGAUUUAUUGCUCAAGGCAGCAGGGUACCUAGAAUUUUGUGUCCGGAAUGUAUUUGGUCGCAUACCAGCAGAAAUCAAGAAAAGUUUGUCAAAAGAUUUGCAGGAUGGUGUACUAGAGGCUCUAUCCAUCCAAGCAUUAGGCCAGGGAACUGAAAUACAGCUUGGUUUAGCUGUUGAAAGUCAAAAGGCUACGUUAUCAGUGAAGAGGAGGUUGGCCUGUGAACAGCUGAUCUAUUACAGUCAGGCUUACCAAUGCUUGUCUGGAUGUGACUUAAGCCAUGGAUAUGAAAAGAAACAUAUGUGGUUCAUCAAAUGGAAAUUCCUUGAAGCAAAGGCUGCCGCUUACUACUACCAUGGUCUGGUUCUGGACAAGGGUAAUGAACCGAACUGUCAUAUUAGUGCUGUAUGCUGUUUUCUAGCUGCACAAGAACUACUUGUAGAGAGCAAGAAAGCCUGCAUAAGCUUUUGCCUUGCAGCUCCAGUGACCAGGGCUCCACCACUUUGGGGAGCUAUGAAGCAUUUACAUCAGAAAAUACCAGAGGUUGCGUCAAGGAAAUCUCAGAUGUAUGGCUACAUCUUAGAACAAGAGAACGGGGCUCUGCAAUCAUUACCUGACCUACCAGAUUUCCAACUAUCACUGAGACCUGAUGACUAUGAAUUACCUGCAAUUGAUCCAGCGUGGGAUUCUGAAAAGUGGGAAAACCGGAGACAGUCCCUAAAAGAGCAUCUAAAAGACUCUGAGGAUGAGAUUGAAACAGAAUGA